CAGAGCCAAAGAGAGAAGAAUCAUACUGUACUGGACAGCACAUAUGAGGAUGAUUCGUAAAUAAGAGGCAGAGCCCAGCGCAGAGCAGACAGCCGUGCGGACCAGUACUCAGACCCACGGAUAGCCCAGCCUCUUCAGAGCUGGAGCCCCUUUCUCCAACUCGCGUCUCCCCUUCGCUUCGUGCCCCCCUCAACGACAUGUACCCCGAAGAGAGCCGGGGGUCCGGAGGGGUAGCUACUAUGGACUUCCUGGAAGGGACUUAUGACUAUGCUGCCCCCACCCCUGCUCCGACUCCUCUUUACAGCCACUCCACCACUGGCUGCUACUCCGCUCCUCUGGACACUCACGGACCACCCUCUGAUGGCAGUCUUCAGUCCCUGGGCAGUGGGCCGACCAGUCCUCUUGUGUUUGUGCCCUCCAGCCCACGGCUGAGCCCCUUUAUGCACCCACCCAGUCACCACUAUCUGGAAACCACUUCGACACCCGUUUACAGGUCCAAUCACCAGCCGGUCCCCAGAGAGGACCAGUGUGGUACCCGUGACGAGGCAUACAAUGUGACGGAGUUGGGAGCUGGAGCUGGGGGGUUUGAAAUGAUCAAAGAGACACGUUUCUGCGCCGUGUGCAGCGACUACGCAUCUGGGUACCACUACGGGGUGUGGUCCUGUGAGGGCUGCAAGGCCUUCUUUAAGAGGAGCAUUCAGGGUCACAAUGACUAUAUGUGCCCAGCGACCAAUCAGUGUACUAUUGACAAGAAUCGGAGGAAGAGCUGCCAGGCUUGCCGUCUUAGGAAGUGCUAUGAAGUGGGCAUGAUGAAGGGAGGUAUGCGUAAGGACCGUGGACGUGUUUUGCGGCGUGAAAAACGACAGACCGGCAUCUCGGGCAGAGACAAGUCUGGUAAAAAUCCAGAGCACACAAGGGUGCCCCCUCAGGAUGGGAGGAAGCACGUAUCAAGCAGCAGUACUACAAGUGGUGGAGGAGGAAGGUCUUCUUUAACGAGCAUACCUCCUGAUCAGGUGCUCCUCCUGCUCCAGGGUGCUGAGCCCCCAAUCCUGUGCUCUCGUCAGAAGAUGAGUCGACCCUACACAGAGGUCACCAUGAUGACCCUGCUCACCAGCAUGGCUGACAAGGAGCUGGUUCACAUGAUCGCCUGGGCCAAGAAGCUUCCAGGUUUUCUGCAGCUGUCCCUUCAUGAUCAGGUGCUGCUGCUUGAGAGCUCGUGGCUAGAGGUGCUGAUGAUUGGGCUCAUUUGGAGGUCCAUCCACUGCCCCGGCAAACUCAUCUUUGCACAGGACCUCAUCCUGGACAGGAAUGAAGGCACCUGUGUUGAAGGCAUGGCCGAGAUCUUCGACAUGCUGCUGGCCACCGCGUCCCGCUUCCGCGUGCUCAAGCUCAAACCUGAGGAGUUUGUCUGUCUCAAAGCUAUCAUUCUGCUCAACUCUGGUGCAUUUUCUUUCUGCACCGGUACACUGGAGCCCCUUCACGACAGUGCGGCAGUGCAAAACAUGCUAGAUACCAUCACUGAUGCCCUCAUAUAUCAUAUCAGCCAAUCAGGAUGCUCGGCUCAGCAGCAGUCGAGAAGACAGGCCCAGCUGCUCCUGCUGCUCUCCCACAUCAGACACAUGAGCAACAAAGGCAUGGAGCACCUCUACAGCAUAAAGUGCAAGAACAAAGUGCCUCUGUACGACCUGCUGCUGGAGAUGCUGGACGCUCACCGCCUACAUCGGCCAGUCAAACCAUUUCAAUCCUGGUCCCAGGGUGACAGAGAUUCUCCCACCACAUGCAGCAGCAGCACCACCAACAGCGGUGGUGGUGGUGAUGAUGGUGUCUUCUCAGCUGGUUCCAGUUCAGGACCUCAAGGCAGUCACAAGAGCCCGUGCCAUGAGAACCUGAGCAGAGCGCCCACGGGUCCAGGUGUCCUGCAGUACAGAGGGUCCCGUUCUGACUGCACCCGCAUCCUAUGAAAUGAGCAGCAUGUGAAGGUCAAAAGUCAUUUUUUAUUGAUGGUUUAUGUCUUACAGAAUGAAAAGGGUUAGAGAAUUAAAGAUUGUGGUUAUAUUUGAAUUCACAUGAGAGAAUAUUUAUAAAUAAAGUGAUUUUAUAGCUGCUUAGUGAGAACCUUCUCCUUGGAGCUGCACAGCAGUGUGAAUCUCAGUGCACUUGACCUUGUGCACUGCUUUUAAUGAUAUCUGUGAUUUUGAAUCAGCUUUUCAGUACCGCUUCUCGUUUUCAGCACAGCAGCUGUUUAAUGUGGUGCUCUGUUAGCUACGGUGAUUUCAAACGAUGAGCAGCUAAUCUUUCUGUUUAUUCGCCUCGACCAAAGUGCACUUCCUCUCUGAUUUAAGAGGCUGAUGGGCAUUAUUUUUACAUUUUCAUAUGAAGUUAAAAAAAUUACAUGGUAAAUAGUGAUAAAACUGGUUAAAAUGAAUGUGGAAUUUGCUGUGCUUAGACUCCAGCAUCGCUAACGAAUAGACAUCAGGUAACGUGCAUGUGCACAGUCAAUUUUAAACUUGAUAUAUUUGAGAGAAAAUUUUUUUUUUUGUGAUCACAUUUUGAAAUGAGCAGCAGCUGAGGAUGUAACUUGUGGAUUUUAAGUUGGUAGUCCUAAAUAACAGAUGUUUGAUUGCUGGGUAACCUUUGUGUACAGGAGGAUUGCUUUCUGUGCUUUAUUUGCACCAAAUCUUUUUUCCUUAAUCUGUUAUGUAUCUGUAUCUGUUCACUGUGCACAUGUGUGGUUAACGGAGAGACUGUAACACAUGCACUGAUACAGGUAAUGACAGCGCUAACCAGAUAUCACCAAAAUGAAUAUGCGUUGACCCAAUUUCUGUUGAAAUCGGCUGAAUUGGUUGCAGAUGAAGAAAGAAGACAUCCAGUAUAAUCUUAAUCAGAUUUUUUUUUUCAUUUAGCUGCUUUAUAAUUAGUUGGUUUAGAAGUCACGAAUUCAAAGAGUUCUUGUGUCUGACCAACAGCCUGAAAUCCUGACACGCUGAUCGUGUUUCGUCAAACAGUGAAGACAAAUUUAACAGCCAGUGUGCCAACUUUAAUAGUGCAGUCAGAAAGGGGGUCACAUCUGAGAGCUGGAUUUUUGACUGUGAUUUUUGAUGUUUAGCCCGUGACUAAUUUGCAAAAUUCAAAACGUGUUACUAAAAUUUUUAGGCUUAAAAUCAGUUGAAACUGUAACUUACAUUGGAUUAAAUGCACAUUUUGGACUGCAUAGAAACUGCAUAUAGGCAGACCUAUACAGUACUGAGCAAAAUUCUUGAGUCACCCCUCAUUUGUUUUUAUUUUGCUAGGAAAUGGGAAAUGGGUGCAGUAAUUUAUUGAAACAUGCAAACAUGCAUGGAAAUGCAGUAUAUAA